GACAGACAAAACAGCACUGAACAGGGAACAUAUAUAUACACAGCAUCUUGAAAUUCUCCGUAGCGGUUAUUUUUGAGAAGGGGAAGAGAGAAAGGACACUGAUCAGUGACUCCUAUUUGGUCUGGUUGCUGCCUCUCAAAUGGACUAUAGCAAUGACAAGGAGCCAUGGGACUGGCAUAGGGAAGAUUAUUGUCUCCAGGGGAAUUACAAUUUUGACAUUUCUCAAGAGCUGUGGAAUGACGUUACUCAAAAUGGAGAUCUAUCCUACAUGUUCAAUGAUGAAACAACCCCAGUGAAGGCUUGUGGGGAUUUUGCAUACAAUGUCAAUAAUAUUGAGACAAACAAUAUACAAAAGGAGCCGGAGGAAUGUUGGAAGACUUCUUACCAAAUCAAGAGACGGCGAAUGCUUCAAUUCAAUACUGAAAAUGGGAAUCGUUCCCUUUCCAAUGGACAGAUGUCUUCAGCCUAUUUGGAGUUAAAUGGGAAGGAGGACUCAAAUGAGGAUGUUUUCCCAGAAGUGUCACAAUGGGUGUCUGGGGCAUCAGGAAUAGCAUCUGGUUCUAAUUAUGAGGACCUUCAGUCAGCUGAAAGGUGGCUAGCAGAUUGUUUUAAGGAUGCUGAAAUGAAAUUAUGUCCUGAUGCUUUAAACUUUUCGGGGGCAGAUGAUGUUCAUGUUAAUGUUGCAGAGCUAUGCAAUUUGGCACCGGCAUGUGAACAAAACGAGGUUCAGCAUCACAUCACUCAAACACCCGGAAAUAUUGUCUUGAAAGGUCGGAAAUCGUUUAUACGAACACCCACAAAGUUAGCUUCUUCUGUGGCCUACCCAUUUGCCUUCAUUAAGCCUAGUGGUGCCCAUGGAGAUGUUACACUUAAGGAAAUAAAUCAGCGCAUUCUGUCUCCACUUCCUUUGAAAUCAAAGGAAAGCAAGGAAGAUCCAUUAGCUUACCCAAAAUCAGCCUUUUCAGGUAAGCCUGUAGUUGGAAAAACAAAAAUUCACAUUGAAGGGGGAAAAGGUAGCAUCACAAUUAUGAGAACCAAAGGCUAAGUAUAAGUAAGAUUAAGUUGUUCAGUACUAACUUUUGUCUCACCUCAUUAACUUGUGGGAUUGACUUCAUUUUAUGUAUGUAAAUAAAAUACCUGGUAAAUUAUAGUUGGUACUGUAAUUUUUCCUUUCUCAUAUUGGCAUCCUUAAAUGACGCCACCUUAGUGUGUGUCCUGGUUGGGCAUUCAGAUGUCUUCGUGUGCCUUUUCUCUUAUUAGAAUUUUUUUUUUGUUUAAAACGUUGAUGUUUUUGUUUUAGCUAGUUCUGCAAUGAGAAUUUUGAUACAGUCCCUAG